CUGAAAUGUAUUAGGAUCUUUUAAUAAACAACAAUCUACGAUUUCCUUAGUUUCCAGACGGGUACUUUAUUCGAGCUAAAAUCAUUGCGAUAACACGAUCAUUAGGCAAUAAUUUGCAUAAUUCUUGGUAUGCAGAACAAUUUUUGUUUACACACGUCGUCGUAAACAUAGAGCUUUGAUCUUUGUUUAACGUUCCGUAAGUAAUUUUAAACCGCGUCAUUUUUGUCGGCCUUGAACACUGCGAUCUGAUAUGGUAUACUUUCGUUAAUCGAAGGGGUUCCAUUGACCAAUAAAAUUGUUCGAUCUAAAACUCAUGACCUUCGAACGAUUCCAUUUUCUUUUCGAUCUCUACUAAACUUUACACAUCGUACAGCGACAGAUAUUUUUUUAUAUGAAAAUCCCAAAGGCCAACAUUAAUGGCGUUCCCUCUAGCAUUUAUUCAGACAUCCCAGUACUCAUUCUCUAUAAUUUCUGACUCAUUAUACAAACUUCAGUGCCAUAUAAUAACGUCCAAUUAUGCAAAUCUAACACAUUGUUCCUUCUAUAAUUUGUACAAGCUCAUCGACCCAUGCUUGAACUCUUAAAUGCGAGAAUGUUAAACAGAUGAGGACAGUUAUUUUGGAAGGCGCAUGCAAGUAACGAGAGACUCUUUCGUCCCUAAUACUGCAACUGAUAAACACGGCAUUGUCGAACGUCCCGUUAUCGCGGCACAGAAUUGAAAUCGUAAUAAUAAAUUUCGAUACGUAUUCCACGAACGUUACCGCAAGGAUCAUAUACAGUCCGGGAAUGAUCGUUUCUCGGGUUUAUCUUAUCUUCUACGAAGACCCUUGACCCCUUACAAAUAUAAAAAAAACAAGAAGACCUUUGGCAUCGGAUCCUCUCUCCCCCUCCAAGAGGGCUACUCCAGUUGAUUCGGUGUUGUUAGCCAUUCGGUCGGUGAACACGGUCAGGGCAGGAAGCACUUAUUUAACCGAUACACAGUGUACACGGGCUGCUUCCCAUCGAGCGUGCCGUUGCCCGUUUUGCACCCCCAAUCGGGCUCAGUUCGAUCUUUCCGCUCGAUCAGCGAUCUCCUCUGCGAUUCUUUACUUGCAACUUUUUGCGGAUAUCCUCGAUACGCGUCGAAACGCGAUUGUCUUUCGCGCAGUGGAACGUUCGCGUGAAUCGAAUCGUUCGGUGAUAGAAUGGAGUAGAAGAGUGUACUCGUGGAUAAAGGGAUGAAGAACGUGCCGAGAAAGGAGUGACGAUCUUGACCUCGGUGAUUACCGGAAGCAGCAACAUGACUCGCGAUCGAAGAUCGUGGAGCAGCGUGGCGAUCCUUUUUGUCGCGAUCUGCGUAGUGAUCGAUACGGUGCAGACAGAGAUCGUCAAGGACCUGACGCCCUGCAGUCGCACGAAAUGCAAAGUUCCAGCGAGCAGGAAGUUCAAAUAUCAAGAGGACGUCUCCUACUGGUACAGAUACUCUGUGGACGUCAGCACGAAUCUAGGAGGCCCGUCGGGUCAUCCACGAAACGAAUCAACCCUCCGCCUCGACGCCGACCUGGUCGUUCGGUUCACCAGUCCCUGCGAGGGAAGUCUGACAUUCCGCAACGCUAGCCUAAGCCACGAUCCCCGAAAGUAUAAUCCAAGGUUCCCCGAUCGUGCUGGUGCAGAGUUCAAGACGAAUCUAGAACGAUUCGCCCUAAGAUUCUCAUUCGACGAUGGACGGAUAGAAGAGCUAUGCCCGGACAGUCAGGAUCCAAUUUGGGCGUUGAACCUGAAGAGGGGAGUUCUGUCGAUGCUCCAGAACUCCAUGAAAAGGUUCGACGUGGACCAUCGAGAGGACGAACUGGACGUGAACGGCCUCUGCAAAACGUUCUACCACUUUCACGGGGCCAAACGCACGAGCCUGGUGGUGAAGAAGACGAAGAACCUCUCUGAUUGCGUGUACGGGUCCAAGCACUUCUCUAUUAUUCAAUCGAACGUCUACAGGAGCCCCAGGUCGAGUUCUCGAAUCGCACAACAUCCUCUUCUGCAGUCUCGAAGCGACUGCGAGCUGAUCAUCGAUCACAACGUUUACCAGGAGGUCGUUUGCAAGGAUCUGCAUCGGUUCCAACCGCUUUCGAGUGGUAGCACGGGUGCGAGAACCGAGUCUACCGCUGUGCUUAGAUUGAUCAGAGAAACUAAAGACGACGAGGACGAGGAGAAUAACGACGAGAACGAGGAAGAGGAUUAUAAUAGGGGCACCAGAGGAUGGAAUCGCGCGAAGAGGACCGACUUGGUAUACGAUUAUUCGAAAACACCCAGGACUAUACACGGGGAGCUGAGAUCGUCCAGGGAUCUUCUGAAAACGAUGUGCAAGCUAGGGGUGAACAUGGACGAGCUCCAACAACAAUUCCCCGAAACCUUCACUGGGUUCGUUCACUCUGCACGAUUGCUGGACUACCCGUCGUUGUCGCAGCUGUUCGCCAGGGCCAACAGUAUUUGCAAAACUGGAAAAAAACACAUCGUGGAUGCUCUGCCAUUCUUAGGCAGCAACGCAGCCGUGAGCGUGAUGAAGGACCUCAUAAUGAAAAGAUACAUCAACCAUGGGACAACAAACACCUGGGUGACAGCCUUCGCGCUGAUCCCACGGCCGAAUCAAGAGAUGAUCGUGACUCUCUCGCCCUUGCUGGAGUUUCAGAGUCACAUCCCAGAGGCUCAGUUCGUUUUGAGUUACUCCGCCAUGAUUCACGCCUUCUGCUCCACUCAUGAAACCCGAUGCAACGACGUCGAGCAAGUGACGCGGUUCGUGUCGUACCUCGAGCAGAAAAUCGAGAAGGGUUGCGCACGUAGAACCCAUUCGCCCUCCACGAUCAAGGAUACUAUGGAAGCUUUGAAAGCAAUUGGGAACAUGGGACUGGAGACGGAAAGCUUAAUGAGACGGUUGAAAGAAUGCAUAGAUGACUCGAGCGGAUUCCUUUCGAUGGAAAUUCGCGUCGCGGCUGUCGAUGCCCAUCGCAGGAUGCCUUCGUGCGAGAAAACCCGGGAUCAAUUCUUCUUGGACUACUACAGGAACUUUACCUUGGAUACGGAAAUACGAAUAGCGUCUUAUUUGCAAGUGAUGCGCUGUCCCGACUACAAUGUUAUUAAAACGAUUAAACACACUCUCAAGAUGGAGGAGAUCAAUCAAGUUGGCACCUUCGUCUGGAGCCACUUGACGAACCUCUACAAGUCUGCCUCGCCGACGAUGGUGAAUAUCCAGAGUCUUUUAACGGACAGGGAUCUGAAUAACAAGUUCAACAGCGACAUAAGAAAGUUCUCGCGAAACUACGACGGGUCGUUCUUCUCAGAGGAAUACAAUUUCGGGGCGAACUAUCAAGGGAACCUGAUCUUCUCGCCCAGGUCGUACAUACCGCGUUCAGCGACGUUCAACGUCACCUUGGACCUCUUCGGCGAAUCUGUGAACGCCUUCGAGCUGUCCACGAGAUUGGAGGGUCUCGAGUAUUACGCGGAGAAGUUCUUCGGACCGGAUGGACUGUACAGUGGCGAGAAAAUGUCGGAAUUCUUCAAAGGUUUCCUCAGGACUCUAAGAUCGGCACCAGAAGAGGACUACUGGAAACGCGCGAAACGACUGCCUAACGUCAUCGACAAUAACUUUGAUAAUCCUAGAAUCAGUCUUGGUUACAAAGUGUUUGGAAAUGACUUGAAGUAUCAGGUGCUGAACAACGACGAAGAAAUCAGAGAAGCCUUGACAGAGUUGAACCCAUGGGAGAAAUUCAAGCAAAUCGUUUCUGGAAAGGAAAUUCAUUACGAGAAUGCGGUAAUGUUCUUGGAUUCCACGUAUGUGGUGCCGACGACUUCUGGUUUACCUGUGCGUUUGGAUUUCGCUGGUUCCGCGGCCUGCAACUUCAAGAUGUCAGGGUUACACGAUAUCAAACGGAUCUCCAGCGGGGAGAUCGAAAUCAUCAGCAACCUCGCGCCAAGUAUAAGCGUCGACGUGGUGAGCAGCAUGACUGUAGACGCCUUCUACAAGACCGCUGGAAUAAAAUUGCGAUCGAACGUCUACACCUCUGGAGCGGUCCAAAUUCAUUUGGAGGUAAAGGGCCUGCGUUUGGUACGACUGAGCUUGGGUCUCCCGAAUAAAAAGAUGGAGGUGUUCUCCAUUGGAACGGACAUAGUUCUGACCAAGGGCAACGGAGCCCAAGUGGAGGAAAGGCCGCUGGGCGUGUUGAUAGCUGGCCAGAACGACAAGAAUGCGAAACAGGCGAUCAUGCGAGGUGACGUUAUCAGUAACACGAGCUGCAGUUGGUCCGCCCUCGACAAGCUCGUGGGAUUAAAGAUGUGCGUCGAUUACCAGCUAUCGAAUGUGACGAAGAAACCCGACGCGCCGUACUUUGUCCUGAGCGGGCCCAUGCUCUUCAAGAUCGCGUUAAUCAAGGCUGACACUACCGCUAAAAACUACUUGCUAGAGUACAAGUGGGAGAGAACAGAGAAACAAAACCUUUUCAAAAUCAUGUUCGAUACACCUGGGUCACAGGUGAACAGAGAAUUGAGUGCCACUGUGUCCUUCGAUGAAGGAACGCACAAUGCUCUCGUUCUGCUGCGAUCCGCUGGAAAUUCGUUGGUGGCUGAAGGCACCUAUAAGAACACGGAAAACGAGACGUUUAUAGACAUAGGUUUCGACAUAAACGGUACCAAACACUUCGACGCCAGCCUGGGUUACUCGACCAAGAAGUCCAAUUAUGGUUACACUUACAGUCCGCAGAUGCAUCUGAUCGUCAACAACGAGCGAAUCGCUGCUCUGUCAGGGACGAUAAGAAACGCCCACAAGAACAACGUGUCCCAGUGCGAUGUAUACUUGACCUUCCAAACGAAGAAGAUGUGGAGUAAACUAACGGGUUACAUCGUUCGAAGGAACGUGAGCGUAGCUGCUGACUUUCAGCUGAAGUACCAGCUGCAGAAGAUGCUCAAGAAGGAAACGCUUCAGUUGGAAAUAUCAUUGUCCAAUCGGUCCUGGAGGACGCUGACUCACAAGGCAGCUGAUCUGAAGCUACGUUCCACCGCGUAUCCGCAGUUAAACGCUGUUAUAACCGCGUGGUAUCGGCAGGCUUUGGGUCACUUGGAGUUGCAUGCAGAGGUCAACUCGAAGCCACAUCUGAUGGACGACCGACACAAGCUCACAGCGCAAUUGAUACUUUCGUACUCGAAAAUGUAUUUUCAAAAUCGGGACACGAAAGUGAGCGCGUCGAUCUCCAUCACGAAGCCCAUACAGAACUUGGACGUUAAGAUGAGCGUCGAUCACUACUCCAUGGGGCCAGAGUCGAAGAGCAGCUUGAUGAUAGGAUAUGCCCCAGGAAAAGUAAUCAGUCUAACGGUGAUCCUGAUAAUGCCGCGAGGUCUGAUGUUCGCCUUGGAAGGUCACACGAACCUGACGAUCCCGAAUUUCAACUCCAUGCUGGUGGACGUUCGAAUAAUAGAACGCUCGAAGCGUACCUACGAACUUGAUCUCAGUGGAACUUGGUUCAGCGGGCACAACGUGACGGCUCGCGGUACCUAUUCCGACCGGUCCGUGGCCACCGUCAUCAGCCACAAUCUGAAGCUCAACCUGAAGUCCCCGAGCUUUCCCAGCGACGUUCUUGUGAAUUGUAAACUGUAUAAGAAUUAUAGCGAUGUCAGGAUCAAUCUACACGUGGAUCAUGUGGGCAGGGACAAGUACGCGUUCAUUCUGAACCACACGGUGUCGUCACCGACGAACAUCAUGACGUACGUUGAAGGACGGUACAAGAACAACGUGUACUCUUUGAUGACGUACGUCGAUAUGGAACGAGAGAUACGCAUGGAGAUGCACAUGGACAAAUGGAGGGACAUUCAUCUGGCGUUAACGGGGAUCAACGAGAAGAACAGAAAAGAAUUUGGCGCGGAGGUGAAGUGGGAUGCGAACAGAGAUCCCGCGUUGAAGGCUGUGAUAUUCCUUGAGUUGGACAGAGUGGUGGUCUCAGAGAUCGAGGACCACUUGCCAGAGAAGAACCUCAGCGCCGUUGUCACCUUAGCUUACCCUGGUCGUCUCAUCACUGGCUCCUGUCGAGUGGCCUCGAAGGGCUCGUACAAUUAUAUUCUGGACGCGGCGGUCGACUGGAACCCAAACAAAGCGAUCAAGCUGUUCGUCGCGACAGAAUAUGACGUGCAGCCGUGGGUGAAGUCGGUGAAGGUGGAAAGUCAGUUCCUCACGCCGUUCGAUUAUUGGAGAAAGACAGCUUUAAUCGCAAAAUACCAGCAGGAACGAAACAGGAUCAGACUAAGCGCUGGAGCUCAUUGGAAGGAUUCGGAACACUUGCUGGUAAAAUUCGACGGCAGCAUGUACGAGCACGAGAAGAUGAAAGAGUGGAAGGCCAACUGCGGCGUGACCAGCUCCGUGCAUUCCAUCUCCUGGACCACCGUCAACGUCACACACAAGAUCAUCGAAUCAGAAACCGCUGACACUCGUCUAUUGAUCAAGUACAACCCCGACAAGGUGAUCGAGGCGUGGAGCAUCUGGUACCUGGACAAGGAGCACGACAACGUCUUCAACAUAACCGGUAACCUGCACCUCGAGUCUCCGGUUACCAGUUACAGGAAGUCCGACAUGAGGUGUCAGCUGCAAAUCCUGCCCGAUUGGAAGUUCCUAGGCGCGGCGAACUUAGACCUGGACAAGAGAACAUACACAGCUAAGCUGCUUGGCGACCUUCGCCGUUUCAAGGAGUCCACCGUGCAGUUUAACGUCACCACACCUUUGGAGAAAUUCUCUUACGUUCGUGGACGAUUUGGCCUGUCGGAGAGCAACAGACACGUGGUGGCGGAGGUGGUGGUCCCGAGCGGUCCCAUCGGUUUCGAGGCCCUCUGCCAGUUCCUCACUGCAGAAUACAACUUCAACGUGAAGCUGAUGCUCGCCACGCCGUUGGAGCUGCUUCAGAGGACCCUCCUCGUGGCCAAGCUGAACAAUCGGGAGGCUGACUUUAGAGUCGCUUACAAUAAAAUGCUCGCUGGCUUCCAGGGCGUCUGGCACUACAGAAGCAUCACCGACUUGCACUACAGCUACCUGCUUUUCACGCCUGUCCGCGGCCUCGAAGAAAUUGGAGCAGUCGCGAAGCUGUUCGCGUCGAACGCCGAAGAUCAGAAGUGGGACGUCGACACAGAGUUUACCAUCAGGUUGGCGGAUGUAAAGUUCGGCGCAAAGGUCAAGGCCGGUCCGAAACCACCCCCCGUUAAUAUACCGAUCAAAGCACCGACGGAAGUUGCGGGUAACUCGACGUCAGAGGACGAGGAUUACGUCGAGUUCGAGGAUGACCAAGAAGAGCGUAGUAGUUCUUAUUGGCACGGGGAAGUCGAGAUCUACCCUGCGAUCAUGGAACCUAUUCUAGGAGAGCUGGACAUAGACAACGACGGACCGCAGUACAAGAUUUACGGUACGGCGCGAUACUUCCAAGGGAAGAUCGUCCUAGACGACACGUUCUUCAUAGAGGAUUUAUUCAACAUGAAGAACGAGCUGAACUUGAUCACCCCGUUCAAGCUCUUCAACGAGCUCGUCUGCCUGAACGUGUUCGUCGUGGACAUGGAGAAGAUCGACUACGUGAUGCAAUUCGCCGUGAACGUGAGGCAAAAUAAAACUUGGAUCGAGACAGGCUUAGACGUGAAUUACGUUUGCAGCGAGAGCGAAACGGACGACUCGCAGACGCACUUCGUCAAGCUCAACGUCAAGACCCCUCUGACGUUUCUCAAGUUUCUCAACACGAGCACUACAAUGAACGUCGACGAGAACUUCUACAAGGCAACGGUGGGUAUUCGUGCUCCAGACUGCGCGAUAGACGUAGUAGGAUCGCUGAAGACCGAAGAGGCGAUCGUGGACGCAAUCGUGGAGACCAAGAUCGACACGCCGAUGCUGCAACUGCCAAAAUCCGUCAUCACCGUCAGGAGAAACUUCACGACCGCUGAGAAGUACGUGAAGAUCACUGGCGAAAUUGCAGAGCCUGUUUCUAAAUCAGUAUCCCUCCAAUCGAUAUGGUUCCUGACUGAUGACCAGAUGAAGACCACUGUUGUCUUGAAGACCUGGAUAGAGUCGCUGGAGAGCAUCGAAGCUGACGUCGCGUACACGAACGCGAUUGCAGCCAACGACUCUGCAAGGCUGGCAAUCUAUGUGAAACACCUCGAGGAUCGGGUGUACAAGCUCUUAGGAAACUACAACGCUGGAGCAGUCGUUGGCAAACUUUAUACUCCGUCUCUAUCCGAGCCUCAUUACGAGUUUCAAGGCGACGUGAAGAAGUUAAACGACACUUUGUACAAUCUGGAGGGCGAAUUGACGAACGCUGCGACCAAAGUCACGCGCAAGGUAUCCGCCACGAUCAUCUGCUCUAAGGACACUGUGAACCUAAUGGCGAAGUCGAAGACUGCGACUGACGUGGACGAUUUCGUACUGAACCUGAAGAGGGAGAAGUAUGGCAUAAACGCGACUCUGGUCAGUGGUUCUCUAAACAGUACUUUGGAUGCGAAUAUGAUCAAUUCGUUGAACUGGGACUUGAGAGCAGGAGCAGAGACUCUCGAGAAGUCAGGUAAAAGAAACAAGGUCCAGCUCACCGCGUUUAUGAACGUUCAAGUGAACGGCAAUGCGACUCUGUAUGUUCGCGCUGAGACGCCUUUGAAGGACAUUAGGAAUCUCACUCUAAGCGGGAACAUGAUGCUGACCAAUGAUAGCGGCGAGGUUCGAGUACGCAACAGACUAAACGAGAACACUCGUCACGCGACUGUGCAGUGGAAGCUGGUCUACAUGGUGGACAUGUUCGGGAGGAUUCUCAUCGGAUACGAAACGAAGGACCUGGGCACCAGGGACGUCGACACUCGGUUGUUCUUCAAGAAUCCUAGACGAGCUUUCAGGAACGUGGACGUUGGAUUCGACGUGGACGUCGAUCGGGAGAAGUGGAAAUUCGCGGCGAACGCCACCAUCGGGUUCAGGAACUACGAGAACAUCGACGGAGUCUUCAUCGUCAGGCUACCACCCCCCGACAACGACGACCAUCGGUUUUUGAUCAGCUACCACGCGAACGGUGGCGUCAAGGACACGUCGUACGUGAUAGGGUACAACACCGUGCACGCUAAGACGAACUACGCCUCGGAUGGAUCGAUACACAUGGGCCCCCGAGACAUCAACGGCCACCUUCGAGCAUCCUGGGGAAUGCUACCCGUUCAGUCUGUUAACAACCUCUUCAACAUGACCUUCGACAACAAGGAGAUAGGACUCAAGUAUUCGCUCUACACCCCUAGAUUCCAGCAGCAGGAGACGCUGGUGUUUCUGUUCGAUUACGAUGCCACCCAUGACACGAAUAUAUGUCUGAUAAGCGCGGACGUCUAUUACCCAGCCAGCACGCAAAUCGGUUCGGCGAACGUGUCGUACGAGAGUCUGGUGAACGUCAAUGGAACCAUCAACGCCGUUCUACCUGGAAUGAACGUCUCGCAAAUUGGAUGUCAAUUUACCGUUUUCACCACUCUACAACGAAACAAGAGAUACGCCAAGGCCUCCUGGUUACAAAACACGGCGAUGGUGGAUUCAGACUACACCUACCGCAGCCAAAAGCUGGAUUCCGAUCUGAAGGGUAUUUUUCACGUGGAGGUUCCUCUGAGCACUCGUCACGUGGGUCAUAUGACCUACGGUUACGAGAAACGACCCUUAGUGACCACUGGUUACUCCGACAUGAUGUACAACGGAGAGAAGGUCCUUCACGGACUGUACAAGUCCAAGAGCGAGUCCAGAGCUGGUUUCGAGAAGGAUCAUAUACAAAUCACAAUCGAGAACCCUUACAAACCGAUCGGUAUCAUCUAUAUAAAUCAAUACGAGUAUAGCGCUGGGAAUGAAGGGACUAAUUAUCCAACCGUGGAAUUCAAGCAUGUGAAUCUGUACAGAAUAGACAAUAAGACCGCGUUCAACGUGGUUGGCGAAUCCAGGGUCAGAACGACUCACACGGGUCAGGAUAUUCAUCUGAAAGCGAUCCACUUUAACAGAACCGUGCAACUACGGACGGACUAUCAAGUCUUGCCUGGCGAAUUCGAUCAGAACGCCUCGCUGAGCUUGGCAGAGGACGUGUGGAUAUCCUAUCGCGUGAACAUCUUAAACAAAACGACAGAGGACGUGGAUAACCAAUUCCUGGUGCUCGGCGUGUCCUAUCCUCGAAGGAACUUCACUCUGGACGGCUCGUACUGGAUCAGCCGCGAGAAGAUCAAUUCCGAAAUAAAGCUCGACUGGGAUCGCGAAACGGACAACCCCAGAACCAUUGGCGCCCAGUUUAAUUGGGCGAACCUCUCAUCCGAUAACACGGUUGCCCAACAACGAGCCACUUUCAGCUUGAGGCAUCCUAGUUUCGCGAAGACGGUCUCCCUGCAAGGAGAGCUGUUUAAAAGGGACUCGAGGGAUUUGGUGAACGUUGCUCUUACCGCGGACUAUUCCACCGAUCCAGACAAGCUUUUCGUACUAUCAGGAUUCGUCAGGGACGAGAGCAACUUGCCCGAGUCUAGAAAAUACGUCUACGAGGUGACUGGAAAGCAUCCAAACACGAGGUUUGAUCUCGACGUCCGUGGAUUCGUUCACAAGCGAGAGAUGGUGACGUUCGAGACCGUGAACAAUGGCAGCUAUCAUCGCAGCUUCUUGACUGGCGAGUCCGGACAAUUGAACGCUCGUUUGGAUGUCGAUCGCAGGGAGGUCCUCUUUCAGAGGGAUCACAAUGAUGCGCUUAGAUACCUGUACGUUCGGUACUAUCCGUCAGAGAAACAGUACGUUUUGAAUGGCAGCAUGGUGAAAACGCCGGAUCUGAACGCCACAGGGGCCUUCUUCUUGGAUCCUGGCGAGAAACUGACGUGGAUGAUGGUUAAUUACACACCGGAUGCGGUGGAGAGCUUGCGGAUGUACGGAAGGAUUCCGGAUGCCCGAAACGCCGUUUUCGACAUUUGGAGAACCUACGAGGACGACUUCACCAUAUCCGACGUGUCCUUUUACUUGAAGCUGAAUCACUCGAGAUUGGUUACCUCCACCUUGCGCUGGAGACCUGAUCUGAAGAGCGACAUUGUUACUGGUAUCAAACAGGCAGCUGUGGACAUGUACAACGAGAUGAACAACGACGCCGAUUACUGGAAGCAGUACAUAAAAAGCGAGACAGUGAGCGUCAUCUCCGACGUCUGGGACGACGCUCAGGAAGAUCUUCAAGAAUUCAUCAACGACUGGAACAACCUCAAGGAGCUGCAAACAGACUUGGACGAGCUGCAGACUUACCUGAACAACUCUUACAACGCGAACGACUUCUACAUCAAGGAUAUCGUCGCAUUCGGUAUAUACGUGAUCGACGAGCUCGCUCUGCGAAACCACAUACAAUCUCUGCCCAACAUUCUGAACGAAAUAUGGGAGAUAAUGGGCGAAUCGGGUCAAGCUAUCAGGAACUCGUUGCUUUGGGUCAUCGAGACCGUCAAGAACGCGAUCAACAAAAUCUCCGAAAUCGUAGCAGCGAUUCUUAGGGGUGACUCGAUCACACAGGUGGCGAACAUAAUCGAGAAGCUGAUCGAAAAGUACGAUAAGAUCGUGAAGGACCUUCACGUCUCGUUCAUCAAGUAUAUCGAGAAUCUUUGUGGGAACAUUUCCCAAACGAUUUCCCAGCAAUGGCAUCGAUUCUUGCUGCGCGUGGAGCCAUUGUUUAUUCGACUGAUACACUAUCUGGAAACCGUGGUUUGGAAAGCCAGCAAGGAGGUCGUAGAUUUCCUCUACGAUCGCGGAAACGACCUUAUCGCUUCGCCUUACUUCGAUCGGUUCACCAACUUCACCCAGGACAUCGACAAGUUCUAUCGGGACAUCAAGGGCAACGACAUCCUGACGAACAUUCGGAAAUACUCCGGAGUGGUGGUAAAAUUCUUCAAGGAGAGGUAUUUCGUCUUCGUGCCUUUCGGUAAGGAGCUGAAGGACGUCGUCGACGAGAUCGUCACCGAACUGAAGGAACUGCAAAAGUUACCGUCCAUACGGUACGCCACGGAGAAGAUGCAACAGCUGUACAACAGAAUCCACUAUGUUUACGAUUAUCUCGAGAUAGGAGCCAAACUAGAAAGCGCUAUACGACUAAUUCACUCGAAAUUGGUAGAUGUAAGCUUAACUGCUCUGCAAGCCGAGAGUCAAUACAGAGAGGCCAAAACGAAGUUCAUCUUCGAUCCUAAUCAAGGACUGAUGUGCUUGGAGCAAAAGCUUCCGAUAUCCUGGCACGCAUUCAACCAGACACCAGAAUUUCACGAGGUCCCCGAAUUCAGAGCUAUCACCGAUAUCAGAUCGCAUUUCAUGGCCUCGAACUUGACUUUCUGGAGCCUGUAUCGGUACAAGUUGUACAUGGAACCUCUUAAUUGGCUACCACCUUUCAAAGCGCAAGCAAUGAUCGUGGGAUCGCAACAUUUCACGACUUUCGACGGACGACAUUUGGAUUUCGUCGGUCCAUGCACUUAUCUGUUGGCGCGCGAUUUCGUGCGCGACACGUUCACCAUUCUCAUCAAGUACGAUCUGCAAUCCGAUCGAGUUACGCACAAGAUCAUCAUGUUAAUCGGGAAAAACGCCAUCGAGCUCAACAUCUUCAACCACAGCAUCAAAAUCGUUUCUGAACAGUCGCCUAGCACCAUGAGCAACCUGCAACUCCCCAUAGAGCUAGACAACGGAACCACGUACAUCUACCAAGCGGAGAACGUCAUCACAGUGGAGCGCAAGCAGGACCAGUUAAGAUUGGAAUGCAACUUAAAGUUCAAUCUGUGCACCCUGGAACUGUCUGGCUGGUAUCAUGGAAAGACUGCUGGAAUUCUGGGUACCAUGAACAGCGAGCCAAUGGAUGACACAACCGCGUCGAACGGCCUCGUUCUGAAAGAUAUCGGAAGAUUCGCUGGAAGUUGGUCCAUCGAACCUACCGACGAGUGCUCGAGCGAGUCAAAUUUGGCGACGACUACGAAACAGGAGACUAACGAAGAUGUCGAGCAAUUCUGCGACGACCUGUUUGUGAACAAAAGCUCUGAAUUCCUCUCCUGCUUCUACGUGGUCGAACCUAACGAGUACUCUACAAUGUGCGGCCGCAGCGCGAGCAUACUGGAGUCUUGCACUGUGGCAUUGUCCUACAUGCAAUCCUGCGCGUUACAUGAAAUUUUCCUAAGAAUACCCGAUGCGUGCACCAGCUGCACCAUGAUGAACGGUAGCCAAGUGGCAGAGGGUCAGUUCAGACGAUUGGAAGACGACAACGUGCCCAUGUCCACCGACGUCGUCUUCAUCGUCGAAGGGAAAGACUGUAAUCGCGACGUCAAACAGAACCGCAGCAUCGAGCACCUGGUCACACAGAUGAACAAAGAAUUCAAAGAUCAAGGGUUGACCAACAAUCGAUGGUCCCUGGUCGUCUUUGGCGCGGACGGGGUCUUCGAUCAUCCGAGAAGCGUCGUUUUUGACGGUCAGAUCUUCACCAAGAAUCCGGCACGGUUCGUCGACUAUUUCAACCAUGUGCGCGUCGGCAAUGGUAGCAGGGACAUCUUCGCGGCGAUCGUGUUCGCCACGAAACUCUUCUUCAGGGCUGGCGUCUCGAAAACCUUCGUCCUGAUGCCCUGCUCCCACUGCGAGCCGGAAAACCAAGCGCUGGACUAUACCGUGCUGCACGAAGCUUUACUGGAACACGAUAUCAGGCUUCACAUAUUGAUGGAUGGUGAAUUCGAGUUCGAUAAGGAAAGGGUGAACACAAUGUUCUACGGAAUAGAUGCGAGCAAGUCGUAUACGAAGAAGGACGCCAGGACGUUUAUCGGCGACGCCGAUUUAAGGAGACAGGUGAAACUGCCGAAGAAUUUACUCGGCUACUGCACACCCUUGGCUCUGGAAAUAAACGGCACCAUAUUCAGCGGUGAUAAAUUACGUUUCGAUAAGAUGAUCUCGAUCAAGAAAUUCAUCAAUGUUUUCUCCAAGAGGGUAGCUUUGACUGCAACCCCGAAUCGCUGUCAGAAUUGCGAAUGCACCGCUGACAAUAACGGAGUUACGCGAAUGGAAUGCAUACCAUGCGUCUAUCCAAUGCCAGUUACCGUGGAUUAUGAUGCGUUUAAUCUAAACGAUUCACUAGCAGAUAUGCAGCCACUGAACGUCGAUUACGGGCAAAUCGAUAUCGACGACAGUUAAAAAGUACCAAAGAAGGUACCGAUAGAUUAUUGAUCGCCGUCACACAUGAUUUUUAUUUAUUUAACAUAUUAUUUCGUAAAAUGUUUACCAACGAACGAAGCACUCACCUCUUGAUAAUGAGUAUUUAAGACGCAACGUUACGCAGUGUCGCAUUGUAACGCAAAAUAUCGUAUACGCCAUAAUAACGUUUAAGUAAUAUAGAUAAUUUUACAUGUUUAUAAAAUAGUAUUUGAUUCGACUUUUAUUUAAAAAUAAUUCGAGACAAAAUAUUAUGUAUACGCAUAGAUAAGAAAGAUCCCAGUCUCGUUUAUUAAUUAACAACUCUACGUGUCAUUUAUUUCGUUAACUCGUACAAUUUUUUUCGCUAGGAAAAUGCGAAUCGAAAAUUUAGAAAAGAAAAGGAUCUCAUUCUUUCAACUUUUAUCCAAAUAAGGUAACAAUAUUCAAUUAAAUAAUCAUAACCCGGUACGUAUUAAGAACAACCUAUAGAUAUAGACCACAAAUUUCAAUUUUUUUUAUACACCUUUCGAUUGGUCCUUUCUGAAAUACUAAUUAUCGGCAAGUAUACCUUAAUCCGUUUACAAUUCAAUUGAACUGUCGUGUGUAAACGCAGUGUCAUUCGUUCGAUCGUUACUUCAUCGCUAACAGUGAAUAAAAUAUCAUAUACUGUAACCAUUUGAUAAUAUGGAUACAAAAUAACUAAGAAUAUUUAACGUA